GCAUGCUAUUUGACCCGUGAGUAGUGGCAUCAUGUGCCUGCGUUUCGAAAUGGCACCCUAUUUCCAAUAUAGUGCACUACUUUUGACCAGAUCCCUAUAGUCAGUAAGCCCUAUGGGCUAUGCUCAAAAGUAGUGCAUCAUCACAGGCACUUCUAUGGGUUCGGUUGAUUCGCUGGUGCUGUCUGGACCUGUAAGUCACACGAGUCUGGUCAUUACCCCAGAUGAGGUUAUUAGAUGACUGAGACUCUGAGGUCAUCCAACCUCCACCUUCUCUACUAAGCAGCCAAGACACAGUACGGGAGGCUUGGAAAAGAAAGAUUAAUCUACUAGGCCUAGUUGAUGAAAAAGAGUGGAAUUUGAUAUGUCAUGUGUUACAUUGAAUUGAGAGGAUCAAGUAAUAGGGCAUAGGCUUAAUUUGAAGACCAUAGAUUAUAAAUGUCGCUGGUAGGACUUAAUUUCUAUGUAUGCACUGGUAACAUUCAGAUAACAGAUAAGCAAAUUCCAAAGAAAAAAAUGCCAUGCCCCUUGGUUGAUUAUGACAUCAUAAACACUUAGCCUCCGUUACCUGAUUAGUUUCCAUGACAAUAACCUGUAUCAAUCACCUUCUGUGUGUCACAAACAAAAGAGCUUUCUGCAAACCUAUCUGGCCCUAGAUAAACUCCAUGAAUACCUGAUAAGAUGCUGCUGCACAGUCGGUUGAACACUGUAGCCUUGAUUCUAGAUACCCCAGGGUAUUACCUAACUACUGGCUAAUUCAACUUCUUUUGACACUUGACCUCUGUGACAGGCUGAAAGGAGUUCCACCAUUUGUGCUGCCUGUCUGCUAGUUUGUAACCUGCUUAGAAUAUAGAACCAUGUCUGCAAUCCCAGGUAGAGCGACGUCUCGCUCUCACCCCUCACCUAUCAAAACCGUGGUGGUCUACAGGAACGGUGAUGCGUUUUUCCCCGGAAGGAGGUUUGUGAUCAAUCCGCGCCAAGUGUCAUCUUUCGAUAGCUUUCUGAACACCGUUACUGGAGGAGUGGAGGCACCAUUCGGUGCUGUGCGGAAUGUUUACACACCUAGGGAGGGACACCGGAUUCAAAGUUUGGAGACUUUGCAGCAUGGAGAGAUAUAUGUUGCUGGUGGGACAGAGCGCUUCAAAAAAAUUAAUUACUUUCACAUCACUUUGAAGAAACCCCAAAGAAAGAAGAGUGAGGUGAUAAAACCAGUGGUCCAUAGCAGAAUGAUCGUGCCUGCACGGUGGAGGAAGUUUCUCCAUGAGUCAUGCACUAUCAAUGUUUUUACCAAUGGAGAUGUCUUGGUUCCUCCAGCUCGAAUACUUAUACCAAAGUAUACUCUAAGGAGCUGGGAGAGAGUACUGGCCAUGGUGACGGAAAAAGUGCACCUUCGCACUGGUGCUGUGCAUAGAUUGUACACGUUAGAUGGGACCCCAUUAUCCGGCUCAGUGGAGCUAGAGAACAGCCACUACUACGUAGCGACAGGAGUGGAGAGGUUCAGGCUCCUACCGUACUUCCACUGGGUACCCAGGAAAGGACUCAUCCAAAACAUCGGCCUAGGUGUCCACAGUGACUUUCUACCACCAGUGAUGAGGAAGGGAAAGCAGCACACAAGAGAACUGUUUGCAGAUCACAGACAACAGGCAGACUCUCUAUUCUACCCCAAGUCUGAGAGAGAGAGAGCUGCCCGAGCAGCCAUGAAGCAGCAGCCAGUCUCCACCACCUCAACCCCUCUCCUCCUCCUCUCAUCAGGGGAGGACAGUGUGUUCAAAGCCAAAUCAAGGAGGAGGGAGACGGUCGGGGUGGCAGAGAUACAAGAGGAUGGACAACUAACAGUGGACCUGCCAAUCGACCAGGUGGAGGCCAAGGUGGUGGAGGAGCAGUGUGAUGUCAUCAUGGCGUUGUCUCCUCAGCAAGACAGUGGUAGAGGUGAAACGUUCUGCUCUAUAGUACCCAAGUCAGCCAGCUCCAAGAAGGCCUCAACCAGACUGACCAGUGCCUUUCCUGAGCAGCCAGCACCCCAAGCCGGGCCCCCAGAAACAGGGCGAGUCACCCGAACCCUCACCCACACCCCCGUAGGGAACAGCCCCACCACACCUACCAGAGACACAGAGCCUCUACAGACACAUGGCAAGACUGAGCCACAGAAUGUAAAGAAAGCCCCCAAGGUGGCGGGGAGAGCAGAAGACACAAGACGUCAGUAGUCUAGCUUUACUUCAGUAUAAUACCCAAUAAACAUGUCCAUCCUCAUCUCAGCAGCCCACUUCAUUAAGAUACUACUGUACAUAUCCAUUACUGUUGUUGUGUUUGUGGUGGUUGGGGUUGUUGUUGUUGUUGUGGUUGUUGUUGUUGUGGUUGUCUGAGUCAAAAGACAUAAAUUAACCCAGUGCCUGUGAUUACAGCAUACAGGUGAUUACUUUGCCCAGAGGCACGCUUUUUCUCUCUCUCUCUUUCUCUCUGACUCUCUCUCUCUCUCUCUCUUUCUCUCUGACUCUCUCUUUCUGUGUGUGUGUGUUGCAUUUUCUCUGCAGUAUUCAGAUAAAUGGUUUUGUUAUUUCUCCUAAUGCCUAAAUCAACAGCCAGAGAGUGCAAAUGUGUGUGCAAAUGUGUGUGUGUAUGUAAACCUGUUUGUGUGUAGAGACAUAGCAAGGCCUUUCUUUAUACAGUACCUUGUCCUGUGAUGGGUGGCAGGUAGCCUAGCGUUGCGCCAGUAAAUGAAAGGUCGCUAGUUUGAAUACCUGAGCCGUGAAGGUGACACAUCAGCCGAUGUGUCCUUGAGCAAGGCACUUAACCCUAAUUUGCUCCAGAGGCUGACCCUGUAAAACAACACGUCACUGCACCUAUCACAGGCUGUUGAUGUGACCAUACAAUAGAAAAAGAUGCAUCAGCCGGCUGAUUAAAACUGACAUCAUCUAAUAAGCUGAUGACAUUUAACUGAUGGGGGAAAAAACACUCUGCACACAUCUAUAGAUAUUAAAAACCAUGAGGACUAAUGAUGCAUAAAAUAAAGGUGUUGAUGUUUCUACCCCCAGGCUGUAUAUGUAGCCAGCGAUACAAAUGAGAAAUACAAACCUGUGUGUGAGUGUGUGUGUGUUUGUGGACCUAGUGUGAAAAUGUCACCUGAUGUGAGGUUUGGUCAGUAGUACUGUAGCUCUAUUUUAACACCAGACAAGUAAGUGUGUAAUGUUAUUCAUCUUCAUCUUCUAUUGUUUCACUGCCGGAUCCAUACCUAUAAACUCUUGUACAUUGUGUGUGUGUUUGUGUCUGUAAAUAUGUGUGUGUGUAAAUGUGCAUGCCUGUGUGCGUUUCUGAAGAGGGGACACAGAAAUUAGUGGUAGAGAACACUAGUUUAAUUUCAGCUCAUCACAAAAUAUAAUUUUGUCUCUUAUAGCAUGUCUGUCUGACAAAUGUUUUGUGCCAUAAGCUAUAAUAUCAUGCCAUAUGACCUCAUGAAAAUGUUAUGACCUUCUAACAGAGCUAAUCAGAGUAACAGCUUGUAUUCUGGUACAUUGUAUAGAGCCUGUCUUUACUAGGGCUUCAGAGAGAGUAUUUGUGUGGUUUCUGUAGGAUAAUUCAUGUGUUUCCCAGGUUGUUUUCCUGGCUUCCAAUAUGUCUAGAAUAGAACACUCUAAUGUUCAGUGUUUAAUUCCUCUGUUUUAUCAGGGUCCAUGUGAUCUAAUGUGUGGCAAAUUGCAGCCAUUUCACAAGGAUGACACGUAAUCAAAGGUGCAUUCAUUUGAACACUUUGCCUGAUAGAACUGACUAAGGGUUAAUUGUUCAAGCGCACGGGCUGCAUGUAGAUGAACUCAAAGUCCCACUUCCCAAAUGGCACCCUAUUCCCUACACAGUGCACUACUUUUGAGUUCUAUGGGCCCUGGUCAAAUGUAGUGCACUAUAUAGAGAAUAGGGUGCCAUUUGGGAUGCAGACCCUAGUCUUGUUAGUAUCAACCAGGAAAGGAUGCUACUUUAUAUUAAACAACUUCAAACCAGAUACUGUAUGUAGUGUAGUACAAUUCAAGCUAUUGUAUCUGGUUACAACACUACAUCACACAGGUCCAUACCAUAGAAAUAUAAUGAGUUCUGUUAGUUCUUAUUUUAGUUCUAUGAUCCACACAGAACUAGGUAAAUUCGCUUUUAGUUUAAACCAGUGGCUGGAACUGGUUCAGGGAGCAGAACCCGAGAACCGGAAAAUAACAACAUUUUUCGAGGAACAAAGAUGGAAUCGGGAAAUGAUCCAUACUGUUCCGGAAUAGAACCGUUAUUUUUUAAAGCAUGGGAACCGGUUAAUAACAUUAUUUUACAUUCCAGACAUUUUUUCUAGCUCCACAAAAAAACGCAACAAAGCGCCUAUGCAAAGCCCUCUCUCUGUAACUCAGAAACGUAUUCCAGUGUCUGCCUGCAAGCUACUUUGCCAGUGUGUGUGACUGUGUAGGCUACCUGCCCUCACACAUGUAAAGCAUAGGCUACUGUACUGACGUUACAAGUGUGAUUCAGAAGAUGGUGAUAGAUUUUUAAUUAGCUAGAAAGGAAUGGGUUAACAUUUUCAAUGCUAGUUUAGGAUACCAUAGGCUAGUUAUCACGUUUUCACGUUGGAUUUAUUAACUACAAAAAGGUACAGUAAGACGUGCUUUAAAUUCUGGUGCAGCUAUGCACACACAAGCCUGUUAGCUAGCUAGUUCAAAAGGACAUUAAAAGUUCCUCCAUAGAAGCUGCUCCUCCUAGGUAAAAUUCUGUGGACCUAAUUCAGAUAACGUUUGUCAUAAGAUGAUGCCCAGCGGUUCAAGCCUCCUCCACAAACCUCUUUCACUCUCUCCCCACCCGCAAAAUGUCUGUCACAUCUUGCGACAAAAUGUCUGUCACACUUGUCUAUCCAUCACGCAUGUAAACAACUAGCUUGCCUGCAUUAUCCGCACUGAUUGGUGAAGUAUUUCGUGGGCUACAUUUAAAAAACUUGAUUUCACAGGUUAAAAAGGAACAGAAAGGAACAAUUAUAAAACAGUACUUUUUGGGGGUUCGAACCGGUUCAGAACUUUAUUUUACUGGUCAGAAAGAGCUGAACGAAACAGAAAAAAAUAGUGGUUCUGUUCAGAAUGAAACGCUCCACAUUUUUGGAAUCACUUACAAAAUUCAUUACAUUUGGAUUCCCUGGUGCCACUAGGGCAGUUUAAAACCCUGAUGAUAAAUGAGUUCACCGAGGUGUGCAAUUGUUUUGAUUGACUUUAAUUAUGAUGCCUGUGAUGUUUGUGAAGUUCUAAUGUAAUGUAGUUGUUAUUGUGUCUUUUAUUUUAUUUGAUGUCCUCAGGGCACCAUUGAAAUUGAGACCCUGGUCUCAAUUGGGCUCUCCUGAUUAAAUAAAAGUAAAUAAAA